AGUGAUUUGCUUGAGUCCCUCAUACAUAUGUCCGACAUACGUUGUAUCCAUCGCUCCAUCCACCCGUCCAUGCAGCGCAGCGUCCGCCAAUCCAAUCGGCCUAUCCACAAGUAUGCACGGACGACGCCACAGAGCUUAGCCUACAUACAUGUGUGUCCAACACUGCCUGCCUGCCUACCUGCCUUACUGCUUGCCUGCCUGUCUGCCUGACUGCACAUGAGCGUCGUACACCGGCAGGAUACACCGGCAGGAAACACACAACCUGAUGCACCUCUGCCUGACUGACUACAUAUCACUACUCGUCAAGCGGCGGCCGGCCGUCUGCUCAGCACCAGGCAGAACUCGCCCCUCGGCGGCCCCUCAGCACGCUCCAGCUUGUGGACAGCCUCCUUCAGCGGCAUGACAUAGUGCUCCUCGUAGAUCUUGCUCAGUUCCCGACACACACACAGCUCCACACAUCCCCAUCCCCUCCCCCCAGCACGCUCGGCCUCUGCAUCCCUCAGCUCCCGCAGAGUGGCGAGCAGCCGGGCGGGCGACUCGUACAGCACCACACGCCUACCCUUGUCAAUCAGCUCACGCAUCACCUCCUGGAUAGCUUGCCGCCGCCCCCUUUUCACCGGGAGAAAACCGAAGAAGACGACACCCGAUGACGAUGAAUGGCCGGUCGGGGGGUGUGGGCGUGCUUGUGGGCGGCAAAGGGCAGCCGAUGCCGUGAGGGCCGCGGCCAGCGCGGACGCGCCAGGGACAGGGCUGCACGGGGGGGCCGGGGGCGACGCAAACCACUCUUUGCCAUAGGAUAUCCCCAUCUGCUCAACCUCUCGGUGCCUUUCCCAGGCCACAGCCGCCAGCUCGCCACCUGGAUCAGAGAUGCCAGGAGUGCCGGCAUCGCUCACGACAGACACACCCAGAGAUGGCCGCGAGAGAGGCGGAUCAACAGAAGCAUAAGCAUGUGAUAAUGGUGGUGGUGAGGACACCGAGCGCAUGAUCUGCGGGAUCCUCGUUCGCCAGUUGUGUUCGAACAACAAGGUCAGGGGCCGCUGGGUCAGGUUGUAGGCGGACAGGAGGGCGCGAGACCGCCGCGUGUCCUCUGCAGCCGUCAGGUGUGUCGAGUUCAACACGGCCACACCCCGGACAGUCAUAUCCUGCAGGAAAAAGGCAGGCAGGGGAUGAGUUCACCUGGUCCAGUCAAAGCUUGGCGUGGCGUUGGUCGAUUUGUGCUCGCUUCACUUGCCUGAAGGUUUCCAAUGGGCGUCGCGACAUACCACAGGCGAGGCGCGGGGAAGACGGACGGCUCUGCUGGAGGCUGCUCUGAUGACCGUGACAUCCUUCGGCGUCCCCGGAUCUGCUUUGACAACAGCAGGAACCCAUCUACAGAAGCUCCAAAGGCCAUAAGCAGCGGGAAAGAAGCCCCAAUCAUGAGUUUCGG